AAAUUCACAAAAAAAAAUGUUUAUAGAACGUUUGCUAGUGGUGCUAUCGUUGGUUGGCCUUGCCCCAAAUGUAGAGCAGCAGAAAUAUGCAGUAGUUUUCGACGCCGGAAGCACGGGCUCCCGAGUUCAUGUGUUCAACUUCGACAGCGACAUGGGUCUCCUCCCGAUUGACCAAGAAUUCGAGUUUUAUCAAGCGAUAACACCAGGUCUGAGUUCAUACGCAGAUAAUCCCAAGGCUGCAGCCGACUCCUUGAGGCCGCUCUUAGACCAAGCCGAGGCAGUUGUUCCACAGCAACUGCGCUCUACCACACCACUUAAACUCGGGGCAACCGCCGGUCUUCGCCUCUUGCCCGGCAACUCUUCCGAUGCUAUAUUGGAAGCAGUGAAAGAGUAUUUUGAGCAAGAAAGCAGCCUUGAUUACAGGCCAGAAUGGAUAACCGUUCUUCAAGGAACAGAUGAAGGUGCUUACAUAUGGAUCGCAAUCAACUAUUUGCUGGAGAGUUUAAGUGGAGGAUUCUCACAUACCGUAGGUGUGGUGGAUCUCGGCGGAGGAUCGGUGCAAAUGGCGUAUGCUAUCUCUGACUCCGCCGCUUCAACCGCCCCAUCUUCAUCGCCGCAAGGAGACGCCUACGUCUUCCAAAAGCUGAUUUUAGGAACUAAUUAUAACCUCUACACUCAUAGCUACUUGAACUACGGCUUGAGAGCAGCACGAGCUCAGAGCCUCAACAUCACGGGAUCUCGCGGCAAUCCAUGCGUCACCAACGGUUACGAAUCCACGUAUGAAUACAACGGCGAGGUCUACACCGCGAAGCCCCCGCUCUCCGGCACGAAUCUGCGGAGAUGCAGAGCGUUAUCGCGGAAGGUGCUCAGAAUCGACGCGCCGUGCCCGCGCAGCAACUGCACCUUCGACGGCGUCUGGAGCGGCGGCGGCGGGGACGGAUUCAGCAACCUCUACAUCGCCUCGUACUUCUACGACACCGCCGCCGAGAGCGGGAUCGUGGAUGCGGCGGCGAAUGCGGCGAGGAUCCGGCCGAUUGCGUACAGAGAGGCGGCGAAGCGCGCGUGCGGAGCGGAUGUGGAGAGUAUGAAGGCGAUAUUUCCGGUGAUUGAGGAGGGGGAUUUGGGGUAUCUGUGUAUGGAUCUGGUGUAUGAGUAUAGUUUGCUGGUGGAUGGAUUUGGAUUGGAUCCGCUUGAGGAGGUGACGGUGGUGAAGAAUGUGGAUUAUAAGGGGUCGUUGAUUGGGGCGGCGUGGCCGCUGGGUUGCGCGGUUGAACUGCUCUCGUUGUGAAGAAUGUUUUGUAUCGUUGCUUUCUGUUUGAAUAAGAUCGUCAUGGGAUUAAUUAAUGAGCUAA